CGGGGCGGAGCCUCUCUGGGUGCAUGGAGAGCUCGGGCGCCGCGACGUGUGGGAGCCACAUGUUCGGCUUCCUACGUGCUCUGAAGACCCGGAGCCGAGGCGAGGCGGCGCGGGUACUAGUGCAGGAGCAGGACCUAAGGCAAUGGGGCUUGACAGGGAUUCAUCUACGCUCUUAUCAGCUGGAGGGAGUCAACUGGCUUGCCCAGUGCUUCCAUGGUCAGAAUGGCUGCAUCCUGGGAGAUGAGAUGGGCCUGGGUAAGACCUGCCAGACUAUUGCUCUCUUCAUUUACUUGGCAGGAAGAUUAAAUGAUGAAGGACCAUUUCUGAUUCUUUGCCCCUUGUCUGUUUUGAGCAACUGGAGAGAAGAGAUGGAGAGAUUUGCUCCAGGUCUUUCCUGUAUAAUGUAUGCAGGUGACAAGGAGGAGAGAGCCCAUCUACAGCAAGACCUAAAACAAGAGUCACGUUUUCAUGUGCUGCUAACUACCUUUGAGAUUUGCUUGAAAGAUUCAUCAUUUCUAAAAUCCUUCCCAUGGAGUGUUCUUGUUGUGGACGAAGCUCACAGGUUGAAAAACCAAAGCUCCUUGCUGCAUAAGACCCUUUCAGAGUUCUCAGUAGUCUUCAGUCUCCUAUUGACCGGAACUCCCAUCCAGAACAGCCUUCAAGAACUCUACUCUCUUCUCAGCUUUGUGGAGCCUGAUCUCUUUCCCAAGGAGCAGGUGGGAGAUUUUGUUCAGCAUUACCAGGAUAUUGAGAAGGAGUCUGAGUCAGCAAGGGAACUACACAAACUCCUGCAGCCAUUUCUGUUGAGGCGGGUGAAAGCUGAGGUAGCUACAGAGCUUCCCAAGAAGACAGAGAUAGUGCUGUACCAUGGCAUGUCAGCACUGCAGAAAAGAUACUACAAGGCCAUUUUGAUGAAAGACCUAGAUGCAUUUGAAAAUGAGAUGGCAAAGAAAGUUAAACUUCAGAAUGUCUUGUCCCAGCUUCGAAAGUGUGUGGAUCACCCAUAUCUGUUUGAUGGUGUGGAACCAGAGCCUUUUGAGAUUGGAGACCACCUGAUUGAGGCCAGUGGGAAACUUCAUCUAUUGGAUAAGCUGCUGGCAUUCCUGUAUUCCAGGGGCCAUCGAGUUUUACUUUUCUCCCAGAUGACCCAGAUGUUGGAUAUUCUCCAAGACUACAUGGACUAUAGAGGGUACAGCUAUGAGCGUGUGGAUGGUUCUGUGAGAGGAGAGGAGAGACACCUGGCCAUUAAGAACUUUGGACAGCAACCUGUUUUUAUUUUUCUCCUGAGUACCAGGGCAGGAGGCGUUGGCAUGAACUUAACGGCUGCAGAUACCGUUAUUUUUGUCGACAGUGAUUUCAAUCCUCAGAAUGACUUGCAGGCAGCUGCCAGGGCUCACCGGAUUGGCCAGAACAAGUCUGUUAAAGUUAUUCGGCUGAUUGGCCGAGACACUGUGGAGGAGAUAGUCUGUAGGAAAGCAGCCUCCAAACUGCAGCUGACCAAUGCAGUCAUAGAGGGAGGCCAUUUUACUCUGGGGGCCCAGAAACCUGCAGCUGAUGCUGACCUCCAGCUGAGUGAGAUACUCAAAUUCGGUUUGGAUAAACUGCUGUCAUCUGAGGGCAGCACCAUGGAUGAAAUAGACCUGGAGACGAUCCUGGGAGAAACAAAAGAUGGCCAGUGGAUCUCUGAAGCCUUGCCUACAGUGGAAGGCAGAGUCGGAGAGCAAGAGGAAGGCAAAAACCAUAUGUACUUAUUUGAAGGUAAAGAUUAUUCCAAGGAGCCUAGUAAAGAAGAUAGAAAAUCAUUUGAGCAACUGGUGAACCUUCAGAAAAAGCGUUUGGAGAAAACUACGCAAGAGGGCCGGCUACUCAGAAAUAAAAGCAGUGUUCUCCUCCCAGGCCUUGCGGAGGGGUCUACGAAAAGGAAGCGGAUUCUGAGCCCAGAGGAAUUCGAGGACAGAAGGAAGAAGAGACAAGCAGCAGCAGCCAAGAGAAAGAGACUAAUGGAGGAGAAGAAGAGGAAAAAGGAAGAAGCAGAACACGAGAAAAAGAUGGCCUGGUGGGAGUCCAACAAUUACCAGUCCUUCUGCCUGCCUUCUGAGGAGAGCGAACCAGAGGACAGGGAAGACGAGAGGUCUGCCCAGCUGGAUUAUGAAGAUCCAGAUUCAACUGCCAUCAGUUACGUUAGCGGUGAUGUCACCCACCCACAGGCUGGGGCAGAGGAUGCUGUCAUCGUGCACUGCAUAGAUGACUCUGGUCGCUGGGGCCGAGGUGGUUUAUUCACAGCUUUGGAAACACGAUCCGAUGAACCAAGAAAAAUAUAUGAGCUGGCUGGGAAAAUGAAAGGUAAGAAGCAAAGCAGAGAAAAGGGGUAGGGAUGGAAUACAAGAGAAGAGGACACUUAGGACAGGUAUCAUAUGGGUUAUAAAGCACUAGUUAAGGAGUUGGGAGAGCCGGUUGGGGUCUCAUUAGCUAGUUUUGUCAUUUGACUAGUUAUGUGACUUUGAGGCAGUCCUUUACCCUCUAAACUAUUAAAAAAAUGAUUUAUUUUCUAUUAAACCCUCUUUGGUUUAGUAGGUUAAAAUAACUGAGAUCUAGAUAUUGAUUGGGCAGUUGGAAAAGCAGAAUUCAGGAGAGGUCAGAGCUAGAAAUGAAGACUGAGGAAUGCCUGUUUGAACUGUGAAGGAGGCAGGAUGGGGAAAUGAGAGGACAGAGAACAAAACAUAGAAAACACUUCCACUUAGGAACAGCAGCAAGAAGGAGAGACAGAAGUAAUUGUCAGCUAAGAGAACUUUGAGAAUAUAAUAUUUUGAAGUAUAAAGGAGGAGAGGGUGUCAAGAAGUCAGGCACUGAAGUGAGGAUGAGAACUGAGAAACGGCCAUUGGAUUUGCAUGACUUUGGAGUACUUUGAGGAGAAUGUGAAGACUAAACCUUGGUUUCACAGAGUUAAGACAUAAAUGGUUAGUAAGGAAACAGGGUUGAGUGUGUGUACUCUUCUGAAGAAGAACUGAAAUAGGGUAGAGGAGAGUAGAUGAAAAUGUGGGCUGGAAAUACCAGGGAGGGCUUCGUGGAGGUGGUAAAAGUACUCUUGGGCUUGGAAAGGUGGGUUGAAUUCAAGUGAGUGGUGAGAAAUGGAAGACGAUCUCUGACUGUCUCUUGUGCUUUUUGAUAUUCCCACAAUUGUCAUUCCCAGUAUAGGGUGUUGAAUGACCCAGGCAGUUACACAGUGAAUGUGUUUAGGAAAUGGUGUGUAGGCCAGGCAGGCCAGAGUAAAGGGUUGAGGCUGAGGAACAGAGGAGAGUUGGAUUUUAAAGAGCGGGAUUUGGAUCACAUUAUAGAAGACUGCAUGUGGCUUGUCCAGGGAGAUGCUUUUCUAAGCAGGACCUUAUCCAGUAGGUAAUGGCUAGUCUUUGGGAGUUUGAAUAGAAGAAUGGCCUAACUGAGCCAGUAUUUUAGGAUGACUUAAAAGAUUGGGGUGUGUAGGGUAGACUGAGAGAAUAAAAGCUUCAAGCUGAAGUAUGUAAAGUAAUAUAAUCAUUUUAGGACAUUUUUCUAGAGCAUUAGUUUGAUUUGAUUAGGAUGAGUUAGGAAAAUGUGAAAAUAGAUGCAGAUAGAGUGCAGUGUUUGGUUUAAAACAAACAUUAAGACUGCUGAAGGAAUUUCAAGUUCAUAAUGCCCUCCACUCACCAUCCCCAGAUGACUUGGGUUUGCAUUCACUCUCUAAUACCCGCAGGAGUACUUUGUAGGUAAUACGUAAGGGACAUUGAACUGGGAGAUCAUGUAAACUCAGAAGUGAAGAGGAUGACAUCAGCAACAUUGGUGGUAUAAGAUAUUCCGCCUUUUUAUCCCCCUAGUUAAUCAAAUUAGAUACCCAUACACAAAUGAAAGCCUGUUGGUGUGUCUUUUGGGACCUAACACCUACUCCAAAGGACCUGAGAGGAGGCUUGCCCACCACUGCCACCCAUGAGAUACAGACAAACCUCCAUACAGGCUAUGGAGCCAGCACGACUGCCUACACCU